AUGAAGGACCAGUGGGCCGAGGGGGCCGGGGAGCUCGGGAAGCACAUGAGGACCGACGGCGGGGUGUACGCGCCUUGGCUCAAGGUGUACUGCGGCUACUUGGCCACGAGGGGGCUGCGUCUGGAGGCGGCCACGAACGCCUUCCGGUCCUGGGAGACCCUCACCAGCAUCAGGCAACUACGAAACCCAUAA